AUGCUUGAAGAGAUUCAGUUAAACGAUUCAUUACUGGAAAACAUCGAAAAUGUCUUGAAAGAGGAAAAAGUGACGAUAACACAUUUGAAGCUACAAUUUUGUUGUCUCAAACGAGUCUCCGCGCAUCGAUGGAAACGAUUUUUUAGCUCAAUAAACCCGAUUGAAGUUUCAUUAUCUCAUUUGCGCAAUGUUAAGCCACAACAUUUUGAUUUCGUUUUCUGGGAGAAAUGUGGGAAGUGUGUUUUCUUUGAUCUCAGCAAUGUUACUAUGAUUGGAUGCAAUGAUGAGAUCCAUUCUCGAAUCUCUCAUUUUCUGGAGACAACUCGAGCCAAAUGGUUGUGCUUGGAUUUUCCACAAAGUGAUCUCACGAACUCGAGCUUUUUAAAUAUUUUAUUGAAUCGAAGUGAUCUCAAGAAUAUUGUGAAAAAUUGGCGUUUAACUCUUGUCGAAACUAAACCAUUGCCCUACACAAAUGAUGAUUUGAUCUUCGUUCGACAGGGUUUUGGCGAGAAAACCCGGCAAGGUUUCCUGAAAAUUUUGCGCCUCUUCGAUCAGGGAUUGCUGCGAAGUGAUGAGGCGAGCCCACAACGCUCGCCGCGUGCCAAGAAG